UCGGCUAGCCCAGCCUAUAUAAACUCUCAGGUCUCGAAAGCGUCUUCAUUCUAUACGAGAAGACAGUCUAUGUAUAAAGACGAUCCGAGAACCGUCCAUACAAACGCGUACAACUCGAUCACUAAGAGAGAGAGAGAGAGAGCGUGCGCGCGUGUUAACGAUUCCCGCCCCGGUACAUAUCAAGUGAAAAAAAGAACAGCCCCGACGCGAACGUUUCACUUUUGUGUUUAAUCAUUUCGCAGUCGCACGUUAACGUUUUCGCCAACAUUUCUGUAAACUCGCCAGUGGCACGGAGAAAACGGGCCGUUUCGCGCCAGCCAGCGCCAACUCGCGUCGCCCGACACUGUGCCACGCCGCCCCUACGCCGUAACGCCCCUACGCCACGCCGCCCCACGCCAGUCGUAGCGUCUAAACGCGCACGCGUUCCACGUUGGGUCGAGGAUCGAGGAUCGAGGAUCGAGGACUCACCGCGCUGCACUGCGCCGCGCCGCACCGCGACAGAGUCAAGCGCAUCCUGUACAGGGGCGGUACAAACCCGGCGGACAAAUUUGGAGUCAUCUUACGAAGCUCGCAGCUACGUACAAGCAGAAAUGUCGAGCCCGCGCGUCAAAGUUAACUGCCACAAUGUGAGACUAAUCGUCAUCGUCGCCCUCACCGUAAUGUUGUGCUACCCUGCUCUCAUCCAUACGGCGGCAGUUCGUUCCGAGAAGCAGCUGCAACGGGUACUGCUACGAGACUCUAGGAGCGUAAGAAUUCCACGAACUACGGAAACUAGCAUGGAGGAAGAUGAAAGGGAUGAUACGUCACAAAUUUGCAAUGCGACCCAGGCCUGUGGAUGGUCUGUCUACGAUCGAUUUACGCGCGACAUAUUGUAUAACAUGAGAAACACUUGUCGAUGCUCGGAUGAUGGCUACAAGUGCGUGCGCUAUAAUGAACUUUUGUCCUCGAGCGCAUAUAUGUAUCGCUGCAAACAAAACACGACGGCAGAAGAUAUCGAGUAUCCCUACAACGAUAGCAUCUGAUUGUGAGACGAGAUCGACGAUGUUGUCUCGUCAUCUCGGUCGGAACUUGUCUCACGCCUCGUUGGUCGAACGGUGACCACGACACAGUGGUCUAAACGCCUGGUUUUCUGGCAAAAAUUAAUAUUUUAACAACGAUAAGUCGCACAAGAUAUAAACAAUAUUUGUUACGUGAAAAAUUAUUAUUGAUAUAAAAAAAAGGUUAUUAUAUACUGGGUGAAACAAUAAAGUUCUCAUAUUUCAACAAAUCUUAAUCUAUAAUAUGAUUUAUUUUCUCUUGUGCAAACUUAUGCAAACAACUCAUUUUCUACAAACAGUAAACAUAAAAAAAUACAAAAAAAAGGCUAACGUGGCCUAUGAUGCCUCAACUGUUGAAAAAUUACAGAUCCAUAGAUACAGCCCGAUAUUUUUGAUCAUAGCAACGAUAUCAGCAAAAAGUAGCAAUUUCUUUCUUCACGCUCUUCAAGAGUACGAUAUUCUGUUUAAUCCGACUACAACAUCUUUUUUGGCUAAAGGUGACUAAAGUUUUAUAUCGGAUAAUAAAAUUAGAGUAUCGAGUCGUACUAAGCUUCACAAGAGGUUAAAAACCAUAUCGUAUAUAUAUCUGCUAGAUUAAGUUUUAUUGUUAAUAUGAAUAAACUUAAAGUACACGUGUCAAAUAACAAUAAAUAGUAUUAAAGCAUUUUAUGAAAGCGUUCUGAGUAAUUUGAAAAAUAACAUAAAUAAAGUGACAGAACUGCAGAAAGCGACCAUAUCAACAUACUAAAAGUUCUUCACUUUUCUUAUACACCUAUAUCACGCGUUCGAAAGGCAACGUACAAGCAUUGAAAUUACAAGACAUUCUUCUUUGUGUACUUUUCCUGAAAUUACAAUAAUUUUUACCGACAAUUAGGCGGACUAGAAAAAUUUAGUUUUUGCCAAGUUUUCGAGAUUUUAGACCACUGUGCGCCAUCGUCACCCGCCUUCGCGUUCCUUCCCGUCAUGGACUUUUGAUUCCUCGCACCAACAUUUUUACCGUACGUCUCGAAGGAUACUUUAUGAUGAGAGAUUACGUUGGCACGCGAAUAAUUCCAUGCGAGAGUAAAAGAUGCCCGCAAAGCAAAUUUCUUUGGUAUCGGUCCGUUUAACAAUAAGUCUCGAUCUCGUUACGUAACUGACAAUGAGAGAUACUAUAGUACAUUUUUUAAAACGACUACAACUUUGAUACAAGUACCAACGUCCCAAGUAAACGUGCCUAAUAUUGUAUAAGAAAUAGAAUAAGUAUUUCAGUUUGUUGUAUUCAUACACAGUAUUUUACUUGUUCUGUAACAUAGAGUAUAGGAAAACCGUAAGUUAUCUAUUAAAUUAAUACGAUUAAAUAUCGAUAUAUUAUUGUAGAAUUAUAUUGUCUAAUUUUAUCACUUUUAAUACAAUAAAACAAAGUUGCGAGGUUCUUCCUACUUUUUAUUUCGUGUUACAUACUUUUACUCUCCUCGAUAUACAUAUGUAUAUUAUAUCGCGUAUUCUUACAAGAAAAUAGGAAAACCGAGGUCACAAUACGGUUGAAAUCGAUAGUAUCGAUGGCCGUGCAUCCGAUUCUUCUGACCUGACCACGAUCCUCGUCCUGCGGAAGACAAUAGCCGCGCUACGACAACAGCAAAAAGAAAAAUCGAGGUGA